UGUUAGAUAAUUAAAUCAAAACACUUUGCAGAAAUUUACCAAAAUUUUUCGGUGCCUCAAGUACUUUUCUUCAGCGUAUAAUUCUGUGAAUUUUUUUACAGCCAGUUGGGAUGUUGAGAUCAGCAGCAAACCGCUUGAUGCGCCAAUCAUCUCAGGUUUAUCAAGCUGUUAGGUUGUUCGGCGCAGAUCACCCAAGAGUUAUUUCAGCUGGAGAGGCAUCACUUGUUGAGGUAUUGAAACAAAAGUUUCCGAAAGCAAAAUACAUUGAAGUGCAAGAUAUCUCAGGUGGCUGUGGUGCCAUGUACGAAAUCUACGUGGAGACUCUAGAUUUCAAAGGUCUUAACACAAUCAAACAACAUAGGUUAGUCACAGAAGCCCUUAAACAACAGAUAAAGGAUAUGCAUGGUGUCAGAAUUCACACCAAGUUGCCAAGAGAUGAUGAAUGAAUACUGAAUGCUGGGACUAAAAUAGAAUUUAUCAGUCAAGGUUUAAAAUUGUUUUGAUUACCUGCUUUCAUUUCAAGCAUUCUUAUAAUAAGGGUGAAAAAGCUAAGCUGGCAUCAUUGUGAUGUAGACAGUAAUCAUGCUGUAGUGCUUUAAUUAAGCACUAAGCAAUAAAUGGCUUGAAUAACA